AUGCCAGCCAGCUUCUGUGGUACAUGGGACAUGGUCAGCAAUGUCAACUUGGAGGGUUACAUGAUGGCACUGGGCAUCAGUGUCUACUUACGAAAGAUAGCUCUGAGGCUGAAGUUUAGGAAGGUGAUUGAGCAGCAAGGAGACCAGUUCAUCAUCAAAACGACCACCACGUUCAGAAACUACACCAUCUCCUUCAGAGUGGGGCAGGUGUUUGAGGAGUUUACCAAGGGACUAGACAACAGACAUGUUAAGUCACUGGUGACAUGGGAGGGGAAUAAACUGGUGUGUGAACAGAUUGGAGAGAAGAAGAACCGGGGCUGGGCUCACUGGAUUGAAGAUGACAAGCUACAUCUGGAGAUGUACUGCCAAGGAGAAGUCUGCAAGCAGAUUUUUAAGAAGAACAUGAAUGAGUGA